AUGAAGCAGUGUGCAGUACAAUGUCCGGAGUAUAUACCUAGACAAGCCCCCGAACCCCACCUUUAUCGCUUAUCGCGGGCCGAGAAGUCGAGGACGCCGAGUUGGAGCAGUUGGAGUCACCUCCUCCCCAUCCACUUGCCCAGCUCUCCAAACCAGUUCUCCAUCGUUUCAAUGCCGUCUCCAUCGCCCCCAAAAGCCCGUGGGGGAAGAGCACGCAUCUGUGUACACUGCGGUCGGAGUUUCCGCCGCACUGAGCAUCUGGAGCGACACAUUCGAACUCACACAAAGGAGAAGCCGUUCAUUUGCUUCUGUGGGGCAGCCUUUACUAGGAGGGAUCUACUCAAGCGUCACACGCGCAUAUCACACCAAGAUGGCCUGACCUCGCCCACUGCGCCGCCCGAACCAACGACAAAGACGGAAUUCCAGCCUGCACCUCACCCUGCAGGCGUCCCGUCGCAAUAUGACACACCAGCCAGAUCGGCUGUCCCCCUUGCAGGGCCAUCUGCCGUACACCAAUGGGCUGGCUCCCAGAACAUGCCUUAUUUAGACCAGAACCACUCUGCCGGCAUGCUCCCCGCCGCUGCUGCACCCCCAAACCCUAGCCUGGAGCCUCAUUCGGCCAUGGUCCCUGACGCGAACAUGCUUCAAGCGGCUCAGCUGCUGCUUCCCGGUGACUACCGUGCAACAGGUGCGUUUCCCCAAUGUGUUGCCAAGGCUCCUUGCAAGCCCUGCCAGCAUAACAUCUUCCUCGCCUUGGCAUGGGACGCAUGGAUUCACUGUUGCGUUCAAGACCCUCAAUCUGACUAUGAGAUAGCACAACCGAUGCCAUACUUACCUGAAGACCUCAAUCAUUUCCAAGAAUUUACCCAUUUCUUGGAUUCUAUUGGUUUGCCUGGGGAAUGGCUCCCCAGCGAAGGUGAAACAUCUCAAACCCAAGAGGUGGGCUUGGAAGAAGCUCAUAACCAAAGUCGAUCGGCCCAAGAACAGGAGCAUGAGCGGCGCCGAAGAAGCGGAGAAGGCUCUCGGGGAGACUCGCCAUUUCGAUCCUGGCUGCCGUCUGUUCCGAGGGGUGACCAAAGCCUAGGGAAUCUUUCUGAUUCUGAGCCACCGCAAAAUGCGCGAAGGAUCUCGCGGUUCAAUGUCACCGAGGAUCAACGCUUUCGGCUUGCGGCUUCUCUGGAAGAAUUUCGCAACGUGAUACCUGAUUUCGUAUUACCUUCACGUCAUACUCUAACCCGGUACCUCACGUCUUAUUUCGAAGGGUUCCAGCCUCAUCUCCCAUUCAUACAUAUGCCGACUUUCAAUAUCGCAGACCGCACCCCUGAGGUAGUUCUUGCAAUAAUGACGAUUGGAGCUCAAUAUCGAUUUGAGCAUCGCAACGCAGAGAGAAUCUUCCAUGUUUCCAAGGCCAUUCUCUUCGAGCGCAUGGCCAGAGAGCCUCGCAUCCCAGCCAAACCUGCCUACAGCGCAGUAUCCCAGGUCCCACUGGGAAUCUCUCCGUAUUCCAAUUUCGGGGAUCAAUCCCUGACACAACCUCAAGUAGCAGCGGAGAGAACCGCUGCAUGGAAACAGAUUGAAAUCACUCGCUGCCUUCUCAUAUUGAUGGGAUACUCCACGUGGGAGAAUGCAAGACUGGUGCAAGAAGCAUUCCAUAUCCAAGGCCUGCUGGUGCGACAACUGCGCGAGGGUGGGCUGACAGAAGACACAAGUCGCUCUGAUCCCCGCGCUCCCCUUGAUUGGCAUGAAUGGGCGGAUCAAGAAUCGAACCGUCGCACCAAGCUGAUCGCAUUCUGCUUUAUUCAUGUCCAUAGCAUUGCAUUCAAUGCAUAUCCAUCCUUGCGCAGUAAUGAGAUACAUCUGCGCCUCCCUUGCUCUACCAUGGAGUGGUCUGCAAACACUGCGGCGGAAUGGGAAGCUGCCCAGCAGGCGAGGGGUCCUCAGCAGCUGUUCUUCCAAGACGCAUUGACCCUCCUCUUGCAGAAGUCCCGGUCGGCAACGCCUUUGAACCCCAUACCAGCGCCUCUGGGCAAUUACAUCCUUUUGCAUGGGCUUUUGCAAAGAAUUCAUCUCGUUAGCGAGCUGUCAUUACCGAACGGGAAUCACUCAACCAGCCUUCCAACCGAAGAGCUGAAUAAAUUAGAACGGGCUCUUCGCUCUUGGACUUCAGUUUGGCAACAGGCCCCGGAAUCCAGCCUUGACCCGCACAAUGCAAAUGGGCCAAUACCUUUCACAUCCAGUGCAUUCUUAGGUCUAGCCUACGUCCGACUUUCUCUCAACCUCGGCCCCCACCGCCGUCUUGAAACUCGCGAUCCGACAAUCAUAGCCACGGCACUUCAUCGCUCGCCACGCCCAGAAAGAAGCUACCGCCUUGUGCCCGCUCUCAUAUACGCUGCUCAUGCACUAAGCAUACCCGUUCGCUUAGGUAUCGAUCAUAUUGCUCGCAGUCAAGCAUUCUUUUGGAGCGUGCGACAUUCCCUUGCCAGUAUCGAGUGUGCAGUGCUGUUAAGCAAAUGGCUUUUCACCUUAGCGGAAGCAGGCCCAGACCAGUCACUAAGUGAAAAUGAAAGUCGUAUCCUGCGCUGGACGCGGUGUAUUGUUGAGGAGGCGUACUCAUCUAUUGACACAGAGGAAGGUGAGGCACCGCUGGAUUUGGAGCCAGCUUCGCUUGGCAUGGCAGUCCUCAAGCUGUGGGCCAGACUGUUUGGGACAAAUACCCAAUGGCCUUUCAUCAAUAUUCUUGGACAAAGUUUGGAACAGUACAUAACUAUGAUUCGAUGCUAA